AAAUUUCUCCCGCUUGCCAGAUUUUCUAUCACAUGCCUCUUAUCUUGGAAGCCUUCUCACCCCUGGCUGUGAUCUUUCCCGUAGCUGUUGAUUUUCUCGCGUUCAACAUCCUCUCCACCAUGGAACUCCCAAUCACCACCGCGCCGUUGUUGCCUCCUCUCUUCUCGUUUCGCUUCUCCUCUUCUAUUUCCGGUCGUCGAGUCUUAGUCGCACUCGGUGAUCGCCUUUCCUCCGCCGAUGGCAUCGCCGGAACACCAGGUCUCGAUCUUGUCGCUGACGUCGAUCGACCUGGCGCGACCGAGGUGAUCAAGUUCGGUGGUGCCUCAGUGGGGAAAUCAGGGUGGGUUGCUGGGAAACGAGAGCGCGCCAACGGGGAAACAGUUCGGUUAUUGGGUUUGAAUUCUGGGUUCUGCUUUGGAGGAUGGUGUCAAUCUACAAGUCAAAAAUCAAAACAAAUCGAAUCAAAUACAACAUACAUGAAGGUUCAUGCAAAGUAUUUCACCUUCAACAGGCUCGAACUCGGUGGAUACCGACUCGAGGAGAUUCAUGUUCUUCUCCCUCUCUCGCUUGAAGAGCUCGCGGAAAAGGGCGAGCUCUUCAUCUCGCUCCUUCUUUGCGCUCGUCGGCGGGAAGAACCUCAUGCGACCGGCACUCAUUCUCGCCUCCUCGAACAGGAAUGAAGUGCUUAUGGAGAAGGGAAGUAAGAUUGAUAUGAAGAAGAGAAAGAAAUAGACCUGAAAUGGAAGGAGGAGGAAAUUUCAAUGAGAGGCAUACGCUUUUAAACUUGGCCGGCAAAGUCCACUCAGGCAAAACUUUGAUCAACAUGCUUUUGGCCUCGGGUAACAAAUCAUCCAGGCGUAAGCAUUUGGAAGGUUUUUAAGAGCCGUGAGAGAUCGCCGGCCGGGCGGAGACUCGGCUGCUUGACACCUGUACACAUUUUUUCUGCAAGUUAAAGCUUAGUUGGGGAUUAGUAUAAUUAUACUGAUUAAAAUAGCAAUAGUGAAGACUUGUUUAGUAUUAUCACAAAUUAAUAUGUAAUUAUCUCUCAAUAGCAUGACUUGUUAUUUCCCUUGUGUUCAAGAGAAAAAAGGAAAUAAGCAGGCCGAAUAUCUUCAAUGAAUUAUUAUUAAUAUUUUGUUAGAGUAAUAUUAUUUGUAAAGUUAUUUUAUAUUUUGUGGCAACUUCUUUUU